AUGGGUUUUCCCACCAAGCGCGAUGAAGAGUGGAAAUACACCAAUCUGAAACCCAUCCUGAAACACGAUUAUCGGGUUUUUCCCAAGGAUGAAAACUCGGUGGAUUUCAGCCAGGUUAAAAAGUAUUUCCUCAGCGAUAUUGAUACUUACAAGCUGGUAUUUGUGGAUGGUGUUUUCAGCUCGUGGCUCAGCGAAACUACCCAUGAAAAAUUUGAUGUAUGCACCUUUAGCAGCAUGCUCAAUAAAUACGCUGAUGUGGCCGAGGAGUAUUUCAACCAGGCCUUGCCAGAGUACGAAUCCCUGUCAGCAGUAAAUACGGCAUUCGCCAAGGAGGGUGCUUUUAUCCGCAUUAAGAAGAACCAAACGGCUGAUAAACCCAUACAGCUUUUGUUCUUUACCACAGAACACGGGCAGGAAGUGAUGACCCAGCCCCGCAACCUGAUUGUGGUGGAAGAAAAUGCCGAGGCCACUAUCACCGAAAGGCAUCAAAGCCUAAGCGAAAAGCCAGUACUUACCAACGUUGCCACGGAAGUAUUUGCCCACCGCAACAGCCGAUUGCACUAUUAUAAAAUUCAAAACGACAAUACUGAGGCCUCGUUGAUUGACAACACCUCAGUUUUGCAAUACGGACAUAGCAACGUUCGCAUUGGCACCUUUUCGUUUGGCAACCGCUUUGUGCGCAACAACCUCAAUAUUUUCCUGAAAGAAGAACAUACGGAAACUUCAAUGGAUGGUAUUACGGUAAUUGACGGCAAGCAAAUGGUAGAUCACCACACUUUGGUGGAUCACAAAGUGCCCAACUGCUACAGCAAUGAGUUGUACAAAGGCAUUUAUGACGAUAGUGCCAGGGGCGUUUUCAACGGAAAGGUGAUGGUGCACCCACACGCGCAAAAGACCAAUGCUUUUCAGCAGAACAAUAAUAUUUUGCUUACCGACAAGAGUUCGGUAGAUACUAAGCCGCAGUUGGAAAUUUACGCUGAUGACGUGCAGUGCUCGCACGGCUGCACUAUUGGUCAGUUGGAUGAAGAUGCGCUCUUUUACCUGAAAUCGCGCGGCAUUCCAGAAAAAGAGGCCAAAGCAUUAUUGCUUUAUGCCUUUGCCAGCGAUGGUUUGCGCAACGCGGUAAGCAUCGAAAAUGUGAAUGACCUGCUGGACGUACCGCAGGAAGAUUCUACCACCCCUGUAAAAGAGGUGGAGGCCCGUGCCAUUUAUGAUUUCAUUAAAAAGCAGGGUUUACAGCGUACGCUGGAAAUAGGCUUCGCUUACGCGCGAUCGGCCUCGCACAUUAUGCUGGCCACGGGCAAUAAGCACAUUGCCAUAGAUCCCUUUCAAAAGCGCUACGGCAGCGGUGGCUUAGCCAAUGUUAAAAAGCUGGGGCUGGACGAUAAACUGGAGCUGAUUCACGAUUUUUCACAUAAUGCCUUGCCCGCUUUGGUUAAGGAAGACCGCAAAUUUGAUUUCAUUUUUAUUGAUGGCGAUCACAAGUUUGACGGCAUUUUUGUGGACUAUUACUACUCCGACUUCCUGAUUGACAAGGGAGGCUAUUUGCUGUUUCACGAUACCUGGAUGCGUAGCACCCAAAUGGUGUUGCAGUUUAUCCGCAGCAAUCGUGAAGAUUACCAUGAAAUUUCCAUCGGCCAUAAAAACAUGACCCUCUUUAAAAAGGUUAGUGAUAAUGACCAGCGGGACGGCAUGCACUUCCGCGAGUUUUAUACCACAAAAUCGUUUACGCGUGAAAAAAGCUUCCCUUUGGCGUUCCGCGUUGCUGCGCCACACGCGGAGAUUUGGGGGCAGAACGAGAAAGAUGAUUUUCGAAUUAUGGAAAGUAAAGUAGAGGCACAUACAAAGUUUGAUAUUGACAAAAUCCGCCAGGAUUUUCCCAUUCUGCAUCAAGAGGUAGAGGGAAAACCGCUGGUUUAUUUUGACAAUGCCGCUUCUACGCAAAAGCCCAAGGUGGUAAUUGAUGCGAUAAGCGAGUAUUACAAAACCAUUAACAGCAAUGUACACCGCGGGGUGCAUCACUUAAGCCAAAAGGCCACCGAUGCUUUUGAGCAAGGACGAAGCACCGUACGCAAACACCUGAACGCAGCUAAUAAUCAUGAGAUUAUUUUCACCAAGGGCGUAACCGAUAGCAUAAACCUGGUGGCAGGCUCCCUGGCCAAAGGCCUUAUCCGCGAAGACGAUGAAAUUAUCAUAAGCACCCUUGAGCACCACAGCAAUAUUGUGCCCUGGCAAAUGCUUUGUGAGCAAACAGGCGCUAAACUCAAGGUUAUUCCAAUUAAUGAUAAGGGCGAACUGCUGCAGGAGGAAUAUGAAAAACUGCUGAGUAAACGAACCAAAUUGGUGGCGGUGAAUCACGUUUCCAAUGCCUUGGGAACGGUAAACCCCGUGAAAGAAAUGAUUGCCAAAGCCCAUGCCGUGGGCGCCUGGUUUUUGGUUGAUGGUGCUCAGUCGGUGCCCCAUAUGAAAGUAGAUGUGCAAGACCUCGAUGCCGAUUUCUACACGUUUAGCUCCCAUAAAAUUUACGGACCCACCGGUAUCGGUGUACUUUACGGCAAAGAAUCAAUACUGGAAACCAUGCCCCCCUAUCAAGGCGGAGGAGAAAUGAUUGCUCAGGUAACUUUUGACAAGACUACUUACGCUGGUUUGCCGCAUAAAUUUGAAGCCGGCACUCCCCACAUUGAAGGCGGGGUGAUAAUGGCCACUGCUUUAGAUUAUAUGAAUGCCCUAAACCUGGACGAGAUUGCCGCUUAUGAACAGGAGUUGCUAGAAUAUGGCACGGAACAAUUGCGAAAUAACUUUACGGGAAUUCGCUUUAUAGGCGAAGCCGAUACUAAAGCCAGUGUUAUUUCUUUCCUCCUGGGCGAUAUUCACCCCUAUGAUGCGGGCGUCAUCUUAGACAAGUUAGGGGUGGCUAUUCGCACCGGUCACCAUUGCACACAACCAUUGAUGCAGCGCUUCAACAUUCCUGGCACCAUGCGGGCAAGCUUUUCAUUUUACAACACCAGGGAUGAGAUUGACCAGAUGGUGGAAGCCUUGAAGAAGGCGGAGUCUAUGUUGUCGUGA